AUGAACAAUCUGGCUCUUACAUUGUUAAGGCAGGGAAAGCUGGAUGAAGCAGAGGAGCUGCAGACACAUGUGCUGGAGGCAAGCAAAAAGGUGCUGGGCCCUGAGCACCCAUCCACCUUGAGCAGCAUGAAUAAUCUGGCAGGCACAUUGAAGCAGCAGGGAAAGCUGGAUGAAGCAGAGGAGCUGGAGACACAAGUGCUGGAGGCAAGGAAAAGGGUGCUGGGCCCUGAGCACCCAUCCACCUUGACCAGCAUGGCUAAUCUGGCAAGCACAUUGUGGCAGCAGGGAAAGCUGGAUGAAGCAGAGGAGCUGGAGACACAAGUGCUGGAGGCAAGGAAAAGGGUGCUGGGCCCUGAGCACCCAUCCACCUUGACCAGCAUGGCUAAUCUGGCA